UGCACACCAAAGACAGAAUCUCUUUUGGCCCCUGGCCACCACCAAUUCACCCUCACGCUCUGUCGCCCCCCCCCCACAAUUACCAUCCUAACCUUUCUUACUCUCGUUAACUCCUCUUUGCUCCCGAGGGCAUUCGUCAUAUUUGAACAUCUCACGCCGCACAUCUCGAGGACACCUUUCCUUGACAGUCCGCCGCUAUGGCGAACCGAACAGCCCAUAACCCCAUUCUGCUCGAGAAAAAAGAUGCGCGGCAGUCAGGAAAGUCGCCCUCACGGUCGCCAGGCCCUCAGGGGAGGAAGCACCAGCAGCACCAGCAGCCUCAGCAGCACAAGCAGAAGCCCUCUGGAUACACUUCCCAGGGCGUGACGGACCACGAUAUUUUUAAUCUUCCGGGCUCCGACUGGCAGCUACUGGGGCUGUUGACCGUCGUGGCAGCUGUGGUCCGUCUCUUCAGGAUAUAUCAGCCGAGCAGCGUUGUCUUCGAUGAGGUCCAUUUCGGCGGAUUUGCAUCAAAGUACAUAAAGGGCCGCUUCUUCAUGGACGUUCAUCCUCCCCUCGCAAAAAUGUUGAUCACGCUGGCUGGUUGGUUGGCUGGAUUUGAUGGCGAGUUCGACUUCAAGGACAUUGGAAAAGAUUACCUUGAGCCCGGUGUCCCCUAUGUUUCCAUGCGCUUGUUGCCUGCCCUUUGUGGUAUUGCGACUAUCCCGACCAUGUUUCUUACCCUCAAGGCUGCGGGCUGUCGAACAACUACGGCUGUGCUUGGCGCCGGCCUUGUCAUAUUUGAUAAUGCGCUCGUCACCCAGUCCCGGCUGAUUCUCCUCGACUCGCCCCUCGUUAUAUUCACUGCCAUCACCGCCCUGGCAUGGACAAGCUUCACAAACCAGCACGAACAGGGCCCGUUGAAGGCCUUCCAGCCGUCGUGGUGGUUCUGGCUGGCUGCCACCGGUGUUGGGCUUGGAGCUACCGUGAGCGUGAAGUGGGUUGGCUUGUUUACGAUCGCUUGGGUCGGCAGCUUGACCCUCCUUCAACUGUGGGUGUUGCUUGGAGACACUAAGAACGUCACUCCUCGCCUCUGGUUCAAGCACUUCUUCGCCCGUCUUUUCUGCCUGGUUGUCAUUCCCCUAACCUUCUAUAUGGCCAUGUUCGGUAUUCAUUUCAUCUGCCUCGUCAACCCCGGCGAUGGUGAUGGGUUCAUGUCGUCCGAGUUUCAGGCCACUCUCAACUCCAAAGGAAUGCAGGAUGUGGCGGCGGACAUUGCGUUCGGCAGCCGAAUCUCCCUUCGUCAUCACAAUACCCAAGGCGGCUAUCUUCACUCCCAUAGCCAUAUGUAUCCAACCGGUAGCAAACAGCAACAGAUCACGCUUUACCCGCACAAGGACGAAAACAAUGUCUGGAUUUUGGAAAACCAGACCCUACCCGAAGUUCUUGACGGCCCCAAGCCAGAAGGCCCCAAGGCGUGGGACAACAUGGGCCCAAUCUUCAUUGAGGACGGCGCAGUUCUUCGACUUUACCACAUUACGACUGACCGACGUCUUCAUUCUCAUGAUGUUAGGGCCCCAGUUACCGAGGCAGAUUGGCAAAACGAAGUAUCGGCAUAUGGAUAUGAAGGCUUCGAGGGAGAUGCGAAUGACCUGUUCCGUGUCGAAAUCGUCAAGUCAAUGUCUGACGGCGCGGAGGCGAAGAAACGCUUGAGGACCAUUGAGACUAAAUUCAGGCUUGUCCAUCUCAUGACAGGGUGUGUGCUGUUUUCCCACAAGGUCAAGCUCCCAGAUUGGGCGUAUGAGCAACAAGAGGUCACAUGCGCUCGCGGAGGCACUCUACCCAACAGCGUUUGGUAUAUUGAAGCCAAUGCCCACCCACUGCUUAAGGAAGACGCCGAGAAAGUCAACUAUCGCAACCCUGGAUUCUUCGGUAAAUUCUGGGAGCUCCAGAAGGUCAUGUGGCGGACAAAUGCUGGCCUGGUUGAAUCUCACGCUUGGGACUCCCGGCCUCCUUCAUGGCCAGUGCUCCGCCGAGGUAUCAACUUUUGGGGUAAAGAUAACCGCCAAAUCUACCUCAUCGGUAAUCCAGUUAUUUGGUGGAGCUCCACUGCAGUCAUUGGUCUCUACCUCGCAAUCAAGGGCUUCGCGAUCCUCCGAUGGCAGCGUGGGUUCAAGGACUACUCCAACGUCACCUUCAAACGCUUCGACUACGAGAUUGGGAUGUCCAUACUUGGAUGGGCUUUCCAUUAUUUCCCAUUCUACCUUAUGGCUCGUCAAUUGUUCUUACAUCACUACCUUCCGGCUCUGUAUUUUGCCAUCAUGGCGCUGUGUCAGAUGUAUGACUUUAUCAGCUAUCGAUUCAGCGCUCUUGGUCUCAAGCAAUAUCCUGCCAUAGGCCAAGCCGGUGCUGUCGCAUUCUUAGCCCUGACAAUCACCGUCUUUACAAUCUUCUCUCCGCUUGCCUAUGGUAAUGCAUGGACACGGGAUCAGUGCAACAGCGUGAAGCUGUUUGGCACCUGGGACUGGGACUGCAACACUUUCCAUACUUCUUAUGAUCAAUAUAACACACAACAAGUCGUCGCAUCCAUCUCCGCGCCUUCUUCUGCAGCUCCACCCCCACCUCCUCCCCCUCCUCCUGCCGUCCAACACGAAGAAAAGAAGCCCGAGGAACCCAUUGUCUCCGCAAAACCCUCCUACUCCCCUCCCCUAGGAAAAGAACUUCCCAUCCUCUCAAAAGAGGAACGCAUCGAGUACCGCGACGAAAACGGCCGCAUCCUUAACGAAGAAGAAGUUGCGGCGCUUGCCGGCAAAGUCAGCUUCAAGACAAGGUACGAGACGCGCACGCGCAUCGUCGACGCGCAAGGAAAUGAGAUCCACGAGGCGCUUGUAGAUGCGAGAGUUGUGGAGGGUGAGCAGGGUGGCAAGGGUGUGGCGCCACCGCAUCCAGACGCUGAGGGUAGGAAUCCAGAGACGAAGGAGAAGGGGGAGGUGGAAGCUAGUGAGGCGCCGCCGACGGUUGAAGCGAAAGAUGAUCAGGCGAAGGAGAGGAGCGUGGAUGAGAAGCAGAAGAAGGGGGCGAAGCCGGCAAGUGAGGCCAAGGCGGCGACGCAACAGCAGGGGUAAUUUGUUUUGUGACAUAGAAGAGAUGGGAGAACCGAAUAGUUGAAGGAGGAUAGUCAGGGGUGUGGCAUUUUAGACGGCGUGGAUCGAUUGGGUCUGUCUGGUCUGGGUCUAUUACGAAAAGAGGAAAAGAAGAUUUUUAAUCUCUUUUAUUACUUUCUUUUUCUUUGGCUUUUGUACGAUAGGGUACCACCGUUGUUUGGCUUUAGUGCUCGCAGCAAGGCAGGCAGGUGGGCAGGCGAGGCGUAGCAAUGGAUAAAUGUCCUUCUAAAGUAUGAUGGGAAUUGCGGGUUUCACAGAGUCAUAUAUGCAACUUACCACUCUACCCACUCUUCAUGGAGAACAUCUGAGAUUUUAGGUCUUUUAAGUGGUGGAUAUGGCUUUGGGACGAU